UCCUCAUUCAACUUCAAGCCUUCGUGUUUCACCAAGGCUUUAGACGAAGUUGGGUGGGCAAGCGGAUAUGUAUAUAGAAUAAUUUUUUAACAUCGCUGAUCUUUGAUGAUCGAAUAGUUUUUGCAGCACAUCAUCUAGACUCAUUAGUAAGCUGUCUUAACUGGCUUACAGGAAUCACCCGUGAAGAGGACAUCAUGAAAUCAAUUCUCAGUACAUGUACACUGUUUCUGGUACUUGCAUGGACACUAAUUGGUGAAACAACUCUAGAGCCAAGCACCAUCAAGCAGGAGGACCAUACCUCUGAUUAUUUUAGAAAAACCUUAAGGAGUAAUACCACCAUUUUAGCUUUACCAACGACUGAAAUUCAAUUAAAAACAAGCAGCACCAAGCAGCAUGAAUAUACUCUUAAGGACAAUGAAACAACCAUGCAGGGUGAUGAAUCCACCACUGCUGCUCCAAAAAGCAUUGAACAUCUUGUGAAAUCAAACACCACCAAGCAGCAUGAAGAUACCCAUGAAGAUUAUAAAUCUACCUUAAUGAGUAAAGAGACCACUAUGUUAGCUCUAAGAAGCACUGAACAUCCUAUGGAAUCAAGCACCACCACGCAGCAUGAAGAUACUUCUAAAUAUCAUGAAACAAGCAUAAAGAGUGAUGAACCAACUAGUUUCACUCCAAAAAACAUUGGACCUUCUCUAAAGCCAAGCAGCACCAAGCAGCAAGAAUUUACCUCUAAAGAUCAAGAAAAAGAAAAUGUCUCAUCUUCAAAAUUGCCCCCACAAACCUUUGAGCACCAACAUGUUACAAGUAUGACUCAUGGUAAUGCCAAGACUAUUUCUACAGGAGAAAGUACAUCUCAUUUGGCUCUCUUGACAGAGUACAAAACACAAAAAACCACUGAUCAAAUUGCAAUUACACCACUGAUACAGAGUAUCUCGAAAGGGUUGACUGUCACCAGAGAUGACCAAACAGUAAAUCUUUUUAAAUCCACCAAUAAAGGUCUUGAUAUUCACACUAAAGGAAAGAAAACCACAAGAUCUGCAGAGAAAGAAUCUUUCAAGACUCUGAUAGUUGAUGGUUCUACUCCGUUCCAAAAAACUCCAGGGGUCAUUACAAAUCAAACACAGGAAGAAGUUCAGACUGCAGUAACAAUGUCUACUAAAUGGUCUUCACUUCCUCAAGAAAAAGAAAGCACACAUCCUCCUAAAUUCAAUGUCACCGAUUCAAAUGGAACUUUGGACAUUAGCACUAAAAUGAUUCAGCCAGAAAGAAAUGAUUCAGCCACCUACCCACUUGGCACAUCAACCACCACUAGCUUUUCCACCAGUCUUAAUCCAUUUGAUAACCCAGAGAAUGGUACAACUUAUACUGCUGAUACCACAGAAACAAAUGCAACAUACAAAACAACCACAAUAGACAUGAAAGAGAGACAAAACCUCCCACCCCUAAUAACAACCCUCUCCACCAUGCAAACAAAAACCACUGACUUUAUUACAUCCAAAGCCCCUAUCAAAGACAAAAAUAAAGUGAAUCCAGGAAAAAUAGUUGCCUCGCUAAUUGGUUGUAUUCUUUUGUUGAUGUUUUUAGCAUUUGUAAUGAUUUUCGUUAAAAAUCGUCAAAGUAAGAAAAAGCUAAUGGAGAAUACAGACUGGGCUGGCCCUUCACCCUUCAUUGAAGGUGAUAUCAACCCUAACACACCAACCAUCAUUGAGGAUGGAUCAUUCCACCGACGAGAGUCCAAGAGAAUUUCCCUCCACUCAUUCCUACCCCAGCGGCUUUCGAAGCGGCUUUCCUUUUUGAGCCCAACGGAUGAGGAAAUCCCUCUUGAGGGCACUCAAGCAAGCAGUACAUUUGGGCAACAUCAUUUACAACCACUUAACGGACAAGCAACUCCACCAAAUGUUAUUCAGACAUAUGAAGCAAACAGUCCACCUGCUGAAGUCUCUUCGAACUCCAAUGUCCCAGAGACUGUAAGCAUUUCUCCACCUUCUGAAAACAACGAGGAUAUCGAAACAACUCCUAAACUCGAUGAAAAGACCAUUCAAGCUCCACCUGCAGAGACAAAUGGUGUUGAUCCUACUGCAUUUGAAGAUGUGGAUCUUAAUGUUUCUCCAGCCAAGGACGCUGAAUCAUCACCACCAACAGAUGCUACACACAUCCCUACUCCACCACCACUAGCACCAUCCUAAAGAUGUUGAAAAACUAUCUGCAACUACCAACUACUGUUUGAAAAAGAUGUGCUUUUAGAACAAAUGUUUUGCAAAGAAGAAACAUUUGUACACAGCACAGAAGGGGAGUUGUUUUUAAAAAUCAAUCUCCAAGACUCCAGCUUUAUCAAUUAGUUUCCUGAAAGAGUAAAAAAAAAAAAAAAAUCACUUGGUAGAAACAUGGUAGAGAAGUCAUUAGUAAAGUCUUUAGGGCACUGAGGCUAUCAAGCAAUUUCCAUUCAAAACAUUUGCAUAGGCUAAAACUCCGAACAUCUAAAAAAGAAAAAAGAAAAAAUGCUAUUUGUGGAUACUGUUAGUAAACAGCACUGGAGCAUUAAAAUACUCCCUUUAAAACUACAUACAGGAAAGGUGACCGUGUUGGAUGUGAUUUACUCUUACUCUGGGCGAUGUGGACAUUGUUUAUAAAACCAAGAAUGCAUUGAAAACAAGAGACAGCAAAGAAGAAGCAUUUUCUGAGUCAAUUACAGCAGUUACACCACCCAAGUUUUUUUUUUUUUUUUUUUAAACAGAAAAAAAGCAUUUCAAAGUUUGUCUAUUUUAACAGUGUGUUUAAUAACCAGUUAGUAAUGCUAAUGUUAGUAAUCUUAAAAGAACUUAAAUACCACCUGAGAAGAAAGUGCAAACACCAGAGUAUAGAGUUGUUGAAGUUUGUGCUUACUGAGCAAAAGGCUUUCAGCAUGCAAAGAAAAAGAUUUUAAUGCAUCGUACUUGUAUAUUCUAGUCAGGCUUUCUUUCUUAUGCAAUGAAACAACUUAACCUAAAGGGUCAUUUGAAAAAUCUAUUAUUGUUAUGGAAGAUUAUAAUGGUGACAAUUCAUUUGUGUGAUUCCCCCCCCCCAAAAAACAUCAGUGACAUCUGGGGUGCUGACACGCUUGUUCAAUGUUCACUAUAAAUCCUUUCUAAAACGAAGAAGCUUGUUGUUUUGCUGGCUUUAAGCAAUAGUCUAAAUGUAACAAACCAACUAACCUUACAUACUUUUAAUACCCAUUUACAUGUCCCUAUAAAUGGCAAAAUAAAAAGAUGGCUUUCCUUAAAGAACUAUAAAUAUAAUAUAAAAUUAGAAUGAUAAUUUAAAAAAGUAGACUUAAAAUUGCAAUGCUAACUGGCAGUUGUGUGUUAUUAUAUACACACACACACAGCAAAAAAUAUAUAUAAUUCCACUAUGUACAUCAUUUCAGAAAAAAAUAAUUAUGAUAACAUAAAUUGCCGUUGCUUUGCAAGAUUUCACACCUCUGUGGGUACUGCUCCAUAUUUUCAAUUGAAGUCUUACUGGACGCUACAGUUUGACACUUUUGUUGCAAAACAGAAACCAUGUACAAGCUAGUAAAAUGUAUUUUGGUAGUUGUACCAUGCUGGAAUAGAAAGUUAAUUCUAAGUAUUGAAAUGAGCCGAUGGUUUUUGCAUAACCAUAUUCACAACUGGGAUUAGACUACAUGAAUAAGCAGAGAUUCACUAAUGAAAAAGAAUGGGCAUGCAUGCUUACCAAUGAUCUUAAUCCCACUAUGCAUUUUAUCAUUAAAUAAAUCUAUACAUUUCUUAUUUGAGAAAUCUUAUUUCAGAAGGUAAUUAUCUGUUUGUACUUAAAACCAUUACCAGAAAAUACACAAAGCAUCAUUAAAUCAUUAGAUCAAAAUAGUAAUUACUUUAUUGUACUUUGUUCUUGCAUGAUCUAAGACCAGGCCUUUUCAAUACACACUAUAUACAAGCUACUCUGGUAAAUAUAGAUCACUGAUCAAAUACACUUUACAUAAAAUGAUUCAUUUACACAUUAAUAUAUUAAGUGAUUUAAUAAAAUGCAGAACUACACAAGAAGUUGCGCACAUAUUCACGCACUUCACACCUAGGGUCAAAUUUAACACCUAUUUAAUUUUGGACAGAGUGAAAAAACUUCAAACCCCAGAUGAAACCUGUAUGCACCAGCACCGCAUACAUACGAAGCCCAGGUUCUUACAGAGACUGCGGUUUUAUCUCUAAGUAGAUGUUAGUCAGUGUGUUCAAAAUGUAACAAGAACACCAGAUGACUAAUUAAUUUUCUCAAAACAAUUGUGUCGUGUAACUUUUGUUUUAAAUCCGGAUUUAAGAUUUUCCAGGAAAAAAAAAAAAAAAAACACCAUUAAAUAAAAAAAUCUGAAAAAAUUACCACAAAAGAUGGAGUGUUUUGAAAGUAAAAUAAUUUUUUCAUUAUAACAUUAUAUCAUUACAUGACCUUCAUAACAUGCUCAUAGUUAAUACUGCUGCUGUAAUGAGUGAGUGACUGUAAAAUGGCAACCUACUUAUUAAAAAAAAAAAAACAAACAAAAAAACACCACUGGGUGAUGUUUCAUAGAGGUAGUCAUUCACAUUAAAUAGUGGCACUGCAGUGCAGUCAAGGUUAGUGUAUUAGUAUGUGCUGUGUGUACAAAAAACACAGUACACGUGUUUAUACAGGAAAAUGACAGCAGGUCUGUGCGUAUAAAGAGAAAACAAAAGAAAAGAGUUGGGAGAAAGAGGGGAGAUUUCAUUGAGUUCACUGGAUGUUAUUAUAAAAGGUUUGAGUGUCAGCAGUCCCAUCUCUCGCUAAAUCCCCCACCACACCCCCAAACCUUGUCAGCAGCAGCAGCAGGAGCUGUCUAUAUGCUGCAUUUCUCCACUAUCUCUCCCACCUCCCUCCUGCUCACUGCUCAUUUCGCCACUCUCCAAGCACUCAGAUGCUGCUGGGAUGAGCAGCUUGCAGCAUUUGGGGUCUAAGCCAUCAGAGGCUUGCUCACCACCACAGCACUGGUAUGCCUAGAGGCGAGUCCGGCCAAAGAAAUGGGUGCGAGAGAAGAACCACCUAUUAACUCAUUAAUGCUUAGUGUAGCUGGGAAGGGAAAAGGGGAGGGAAAGAUAUGAGCCUGAUGGAGGGGGUAAUAUAGCGAGUGCAGAGUGAGAGACAGAGAAACAGAGAUUGAAUGUGGGUGAGGAAGGACUAACCUGCCAUGCAGAGUAGCAGAAAAAAAAAAAAGACAGUGACUGAAAUUAUCCUCUGCUGCUCCAGAUAAGAGGAGAGCUAGAAAGAAGAGGCUGGAGUGUGAAAAAGAGAAAAGAAAUGACGGAAUAUUGAUGGAAAGGAUAAGGUAAGGCAUUUUCUGUAUUUAAUACAUUCACGGUAGAGAAAAACAAAGCAAAAUACUUUAUAUUAAACAUGUCAGAGAUCUGCUUAAAAUAUUUCUAGCCUAUAUACAAAUACAGUUGUACACUUUAGCUUUUUCGGUAAAAUAGCAAUCUUCCAGCAAAGAAAAAACCCUCAAAUAUUCAGCUACAAAUCACAUCACAAAUCCCGGCUGAUAAUCAGAAAAAAAUCUAAACUUCUUGUAUACUACACUGGCGUAUAGUGUGAUCUAGACAGUAAAUUUGCACAGUCCCUAAAUAACAGUUAAUAAGAAAAAGGACAGGACCGAGAUGCUGGUAACCAGGCAAAAUGCUAACCGCUCACUGCAGCAGAAAUAGCAGCAUGGGAGAGUUGCUUCUGGCAGGGACUCAAACUCCAGCCACAGCUCAAGCACAAGAGAGAACUGAGGUGCUCUGUUCACUUACCUCUUGCUCUGCCACAUAGUAGAUACAAACAGCCCAACACGACCUUAUAUAAAUAUUUUGGAUAUUUCACCAGCUGUGUGCUAUUAUAAAGAUGAGACUAGCUUUGCCCGAUAUUCAAAAGAUAAAAUUCUACAUUGCUUGUUCAUGUUUUAACCUAUAAUAAAUUCACACAAGAGCCAUAUUAGCAUACUAGUAGUUUCUAAAGGUUACAUAUGUAAUAGAAUAUUAUGAUAAUCAUUGAACACGGACAAAAUAAAGCCAGUUCAAAGAUGAGACUGCAGCAGUGUUUGGGUGAAUUCAUAUCUAAUCCAACAACAACAAGAAAAAAAAAAUAGAAACUUUCUCUACAGAGGAUUACAAAUAUGUCACCUUCCAGAAAGAAUAUUCCAUCCCAUCAUCUUGUAAAGCAAUUAUCAUCCCAACAAGGAUAAGGACAGGUUUUACAGGUCACAUAAAUUUGCUACAAAGCAGAAAGCUGGUCUCGAGGUUGAACCAGAUGAUACAGCUUAUGCACACAAUUAAGAGCAUAGGUGGGGGACUGCUGAAAGAAGAACAAAAUGGAAAAAUAAAUUGUAAAUCAUUAUAUGCUACUAAACAUAGCAUAAUUUAUAGACUGAAUCAAUACAUGAAGCAUCAUUACAGCUCAGGCAGUAACAAUUGUUAUAAGGAUAAACAACAGGAUGUAUAUUGUAGCUUCUUUUCAAAUAGUCUUUAGCCAUGUAGUGCUGGUAAAUAACUAAUCAGCAAAACACCAUAUGGAAAAAUCAAACAGUCCUAUAAAGCAACAUGCCCCUUUUGAUGUCUUGUAAUUAAAUGAUCUUAUUUUAUAGGACAGCUCACACAAUGUCUGCCUCUAUGCUGGUUUGCCUGCUGCUCCUGAUACUAUGUGCAGUGUCUGUGCUGGCUAUCUGCCCCUCGGCAUGCUCCUGUGGUAGGGGCCAUCGAGCAGUGGACUGCUCAGCCCGAGGUCUCGUACUGCUACCCAACAGCCUGCAACACAACAUCCAUUUCCUCAACUUGUCACACAACCGGCUUCAAAACCUAGAUGGAGUUCUCGGCCACUUUGCCCACCUAAGAAUUCUGGAUAUCUCCCACAACCAUCUCAACCACCUUCCGUCUGGCCUGCCGCGAGCACUGUGGGAUAUCCAUGCAUCCGUUAACCGCAUUCACCACCUUGAAAAAAACGACACUGCUUACCACUGGAACCUGCAGGCCUUAGACUUAUCAAACAACCAGUUAGAGCGUGUGGUCUUCAUUAACAACACACUACCCAGUCUGCGAGCACUCAACCUAAGCCACAACAAGUUCUGGACUGUUCCAACCAACAUGCCAUACAAUCUGGAGAUGAUAGACCUCUCCCACAACUUUCUGCUGCAGAUUCUGCCUGGCUCACUGGACCGCCUUGCCAGGCUGUCCCAAUUUUUUUUGCAUGCUAAUCGCUUUGCUUCAGUGAGUGAAAGUGUGUUCAAUCGAUUGGAAGCUUUGCAACUCCUUACACUUGGGGAUAACCCGUGGGCAUGUGAGGACGAGCAAAACAUUACAUACCUACUAAACUGGAUGCAGCAGACCCCAGCAAAGGUUCUGGGCUGCCCUUGUUUCAUCAGGCCCACAUGUGGAGAAGCCCACUUGUCCACCACCAGAACCCGGCACUCUGCAUCAUACACUGAGCCUCCACUGGGUACUGACACUCGUGAUCAACCACAUGUGCAUGCUAUAACUUCGGGAUAUCUGUCCAAAUCGGCAUUGCUUAACUUUCCAGACAAUUGGAGUAUUGAUAAUUCUUCUGGGGCAUCUGAGCAGGCACUGAACAAGGGUGUGGGACUUCUCACAUCAACCCCGUACAGUCUCUCCUCCCAGACAAGCACAACAAUCCGCACACGGAGCGCCAAAAAGCCAUUGCCUGAAAGAGCUCGCAGCACAAGCAUCAAGAUCAAUCACUGCAAACCUCAUACUGUCGCUUUAAUCCUUUUGGGCACAGCAAUCAUCCUUAGUACCUUCUGAUUUUGCAUCAAGUUGGAAUAAUUCCUGACUAGAAAUUAGUUGGAUUAAAAACACAACCAUGCCUUUAUGGACUUAAAAGGCAGACCAUAAGGAGGUUUAACUUGUCUUUUAACUACACAAUUUGACUGUUUCUGAUUCUGUAGUUAUUCUCAACAGUGUGUGGUGGUCUGGGGAAAAACAUGUGGCUAAAUUCUGGCAAAGAACUGGUGAUUAUAAAAAAUAGAAAAAAAGGGAGGGGGGGGGGGUUGCUUUCUGUAAAACCAUGUUUGAUGUGGAGAGAGGUUAAGAGAAAUAGUGCUAACAAGUAAGUCUGAAAGUUUCUGAAGCCUUGCUAGUUAACUGUGAUUCACAGUAAUCAAGUUGUUGGAUAGUUGUGUUGUAAAAGAUGGAGCUGCGAAAAGAUACUCUCAAAUUGGUUACCUCUGAAUGCCAGAAAGAAAAGAAAUUGCACUAAAACAGCAGUCUCUUUGAAUUGUUAAACAAAUUUUCUUUUGACAUUUGGGGUUAACCCCCCUACAGAAAGUGGUUGAGAUGCAUGGCCCAAAAGGAAAAAAAAGGGAAAAAAAAAAAAAAAGAGAGCUGUAAUUCUCAGAACUACAUGGAAAAAAUGGCAGCAGGUGAAGGGGUUUUUCCCUGGCCACCACACAUAAUCUGUGCUUCAAACAAACUGUCCACUACUCUCUAUGCAGUAUGUCUGUCAUGCAUAGAUAUCUUGACAAACUACUAGAAAUGCAUACGAAUGACUUAACAAUAGUGGGGGAAAAAAAAGAUCUCCCCUGUAUUAUGCUCAUCCAUAAAAACAGUAUAAAUACCAAAUGUCUAAAAUGAAGUCUAAUGUCAUUUUCAUAGGACAGUACUUUCAAGGUUAUACAUGACAUGCCAGGAAUCCACAUAAUGCAGUUACCCAUGUGUAAAAAUACUUUUAAACUUAACCCUUUAUCAUACUUAGACCAAUGUAGCAAGAGACAUUUGGCUGAAAUGGGAAAUAAAGUCUAUCAUGAAAACAAA